AUGUCAACUGGACCGAACGAUUUCUUCUAUUCGAAUAAAUAUCAGGAUGAUGAAUAUGAGUAUAGGCAUGUUCAUGUCACAAAAGAGGUUGCCAAAUUGAUACCAAAGAAUCGACUUAUGACCGAAUCCGAAUGGCGCAGUUUGGGUAUUCAACAAAGUCCAGGAUGGGUGCACUAUAUGAUUCAUGGACCAGAACGUCAUGUGCUCUUGUUCAGGCGCGCUUUGCCGCGUAAGAAUACAGGUGGCACUCAAAAAGGAGGCAACAGUGCGGUCGGAGUUCGUGGUUGA